GUGCCACACUCUACAUACCUGAAGUUUGAAUUGUAUGAGGAACGCGCGGGUUAGGUUGGUUCUAUUCCUGCAGUUGUCCCAAACGCAUCAAACGCAGUAGAGAACGGUAUAGAAGCUUGACCACCGGUUGUAACGCUUAUACUUCACAAAGACUUCACAAAUUUUUGACAAAAUGCCGAAAACAACUGAAAAAAGGAGGGGCACUGGCAAAAAACGCGUUAAGGACCCAAACGCGCCAAAGCGACCAUUGUCGGCAUUCUUUUGGUUCUGCAAAGAUGAACGCGCUGAAGUGAAGUCAAAAAAUCCUGCUUAUACAGUGGGAGAUAUUGCAAAAGCCUUAGGCAAAAAAUGGGCAGAUUGCACUGCUGAAGAUAAAGCCAAAUACGCUGAGAUGGCAGAACAAGAUAAAGAUCGAUAUGACAAGGAAAUGUUUAACUACAGAAAAGGACAAGAGGGUUCAGAGAAUGAAGGAGACUAAAUUUUAGGAUAACUGAGGAUGGCAAACGCGCGUCAAAAUCUCUUCUAUCACUCCAUGUUUUAGAUCCCGAAGCACACCUCAUCAACUGUACAUACCAUUUGUCUUUAUUGUUAGCGUAAACGCACUUGCAGUUACAUCACUAGUACAAGUAACGAAGUAACUAACCAUAACUUACCGUUCAUUUACAGUACAGUAACUAAGUAAAAUAACUAUUACUUUAAAAAAAAAAAAGCUAUUGUGUGUAUGAGUGAAUUGUGAGGCACGACUAGCAUGAAUGAAUUUUGUAUUUUAACCUAUUAUAAUAGUAAAAAAAAAAAAGAAAGAAUAAUGUAAAAUUUAGUAGAAUAAGGGAUAUUCCUUGUACAGUUUGUUUGCCCAGAUAUUAUAUAAUUAGGGCAUUUGGUUUGCUUCGAGCGAUUAUUAUUCGGUGCGGAUAUCGCAACCGCGUACCUGAUGUAAGUAUUAGUCUAUUAGGAAAAUGUCUGGCGCUGCGUUUCUCCUUCGUUAUUCUGUUUUUAUUUUCUUUUCCAUUGUAAGGCCUUGAUCUCGAAUCUUUAGGCUUGAGAUGGUACAAUGUUUUUUUUUUUCGAUAAAUUUAGUUCAGUAUAUAUUUUUUAAUUAUCCUUUUUUGCGAUUUUAUAAGUGAUUGGCUUGGAUUAAAUUCAAAUUGUAAAUUAUGAAAAAAAUAAUUAACUAAUCUCGAAAUUUUAUAUGCAUAUGAGAUUUUGCGUAAUUGAUUGUAUAAUGUUGAUUUUCGUGAUUUAAUUUCUUGAUUAAUUAUAUGGAGAGAAAAUAAUAAUGUAAAGACGCGAACUUCAAGUCAAUGAAAAAAAAGGAUUGUUAAUAAUCAAAAAAAAAAAAGGAAUUUUUUUUUUUUUUUUUUGAAAAUUUUACUUUGGGGAUAUUGAAUUUGUGUUUAUAGAAUUAACUCUCGCCAUUCUGUCUCUUUAUUAGUAGUUUUUUGUCCAAUAAAAGGUAACUUAUCUGUAUAACAAAAUUAAA